AUGAAUGACAGGUACCACAAGGCGGCCCGGGAUGGCUACCUGGACCUGCUGAAGGAGGCGACUCGGAAGGAUCUCAACGCGCCGGAUGAGGAUGGCAUGACACCGACGCUGUGGGCUGCUUUUCACGGCAACCUGGAGGCUCUGCGGCUGAUCGCGGCGAGGGGAGGAAACCCUGACAAGUGUGACAUAUGGGGGAACACGCCGCUCCACCUGGCAGCUGCCAACGGUCACCUCAACUGCCUCUUCUUCCUGGUGUCCUUCGGCGCCAACAUUUGGUGCCUGGACAACGACUACCACACGCCGUUGGACAUGGCCGCCACGAAGAAUCACAUGGACUGCGUCCGCUACCUGGAUACCAUCGCCACCAAGCAGACAGGCCUCAACACGAAGCUGGUCGGCAAGAUGAAGGACCGGGCGUUUCGCGAUGCCGAGCGGCGGAUCAAGGAGUGUGUGAAGAUGCAGAAGAAACACCACGAACGCAUGGAGCGGAGAUUUCACAAGGAGACCUCUGAGGCUUCCGCGUCAGACGUCAUGAGCUUUUCCAGUUACAACAGCAGCUCUAUUAGCCACAAGCUGCAUCACUUGAACGCAGCCACAGUCAGUGUGCCAUAUUCUCAGGCUACUCUUCAUGCCACAAACCGAGGGAAGACAAAGAUUCAGAGGAAGCUGGAUAAGAGGAAGCAAGGAGAUGGGACAUUUAAAAUCUACGAGGAUGGGAGGAAGAGUGUGCGCUCCCUCUCCGGACUUCAGCUGGGCAACGAUGUCAUGUUUGUCAAACAGGGGACCUACGUCAACCCAAAGGAACGUGGCCGUCGCAAUGUCCGUGACAUGUUUACCAGGGAAAAUUACGAUGCCAUUUCACGUGCCAUUAGUGAGCCGGACCUCCACGGGCCCGAUGUGGACUACUCGGAGAUCAGCACUGACUCAGGACAUGAUUCCCUGUUCAAUAGGCCCGGUCUGGGCACCAUGGUCUUUCGGAGGAACUAUGUGAGUGGGGGGAUGUUUGACAUCGGUGGUCGGGAUGAGGACAGCGCAGACCGGUCAGGCAAUGAUGUGCGUUUGCGCAGUCGGCUGCAUCAUUACCCGGGUGCAGAUGAAGACAGCAUCGGCAGUGCACGCAGCCUUCAAGAGAGGAAUGUGGAGGAGCUGCCCUGGGAAGAAGUCGAAUUAGGGCUGGACGAUGACGAUGAGGCUGACACGAGCCCUCUGGAGGUCUUCCUUGCCACACAGAGUAUGGGUGACUUCUUCUCCAUUUUCAAGAGGGAGAAGAUUGACCUUGAAGCCCUGUUGCUGUGCUCCGAUCCUGACCUUAAGAGUAUUCACAUCCCCUUAGGACCAAGGAAAAAGAUCCUAGAUGCCUGCAAGAGACGGCUGGAGACCGUAGAGGACCCAGACCGCAUUGAGGACACAGAACUGUGA